AUGAGGCGGCUGCACGACGACGUACAGAGGCACUUCUCGCAAUGGCCUGAAGACGACGAAAGAGAUGGGCGAAUGGAGGCACAAGUCGCCGGAGGUCGACGGCGGGUUGUUCGUCGACGAGUACAACAUGGUGAAGAAGACUUUAUCAAUCAAAUGCUUGGACCAGAAGAUCCAGAAGGUUCCGAAGAAGAGAGCGCAGUGCCGCUGUUCGAAGCAGAUGAAAAAAUUGGUAAAAGAAAAGCUGCCAAGUUACAAGCAAAGGCAGAGAAAAAGGCUAUGCGAGAGCAGCUCAAAGAGUCAUUUGCCGUUGAAGAAGAGGGCUUUGACCAACUUGAAGAAGAAGAGUCUCACAAUCUCAUGAGGGAGUUUGCGGAGUACAUAAAGAAAAGCAAGGUCGUCAAUAUGGAUGAAUUGGCUGCUCAUUUUGGUCUAAAAUCAGAUGAGGCAAUUUCUCGACUACAGUACUUCCUUGAAAACGGCAUAUUGGAGGGAGUUAUGGAUGAUCGUGGUAAAUUCAUAUGUAUCACUGAUGAGGAGCUUAAUGCAGUGGCCAAAUUCAUAAACCAGCGAGGACGUGUCACUAUUCAAGAGUUGGCGGAGUACAGCAACAGGCUGAUAUGUCUGGAAGGUUCAGCAUGA